UUGGGGACCUUUGCCACUACCAGUUUCACUUCACUUGGCAGUCUCCACGCUUCGAGUGCCAAAACUAUGCCCAGUCUUCGCCUUCUUGUACUCUUCUUCUUCCUCUUCUUCCCAGUUCAUUCCCAAGAAGACACUCCCAUAGCUCGAUUCCUUCGUUACCUUCAAUUCAACACCGCUCAUCCCAAUCCAAGCUACGCUGACCCCAUCUCUUUCCUCAUAUCCCAAGCCAACGCCAUUGGACUUCAUGCCCGAACCCUUGAAUUCACCCCUUCUAAACCACUUCUCCUUCUAACAUGGCCUGGCUCCAACCCUUUUCUUCCCUCAGUUCUCUUCAAUUCGCACCUCGAUUCCGUUCCGGCUGAACCUUCCAAAUGGAUCUACCCUCCUUUCUCCGCCACUCUCGCCCCUGACGGUAAAAUCUACGCGCGCGGUGCUCAAGAUGACAAGUGCAUCGCUAUGCAAUACUUGGAAGCCAUUCGCAACCUCAAGGCUAACGGCUUUACUCCUUCGCGAACUGUUCAUAUUUCUUAUGUCCCUGAUGAAGAAAUUGGAGGGUUUGAUGGGAGUGCUAAGUUCGCUGAGUCCAAAGAGUUUGAGGAUUUGAAUGUUGGGUUCGUUUUGGAUGAAGGGCAGGCUUCUACUGGCGAAGAGUUUAGAGUGUUUUAUGCUGAUAGGUCACCAUGGGGACUUAUAAUAAAGGCUACAGGAGAUCCUGGGCAUGGUUCUAGAUUGUAUGAUAAUGGAGCAAUGGAGAAUCUGAUGAAGAGUGUGGAAGUUAUUACUAAGUUUAGGGAGAGUCAAUUUGAUAUUGUUAAAUCUGGGGAAGCUAUGAACUCUGAGGUUAUUUCGGUUAAUCCUGUUUAUCUAAAAGCUGGGAUACCCUCCCCAACUGGAUUUGUGAUGAACAUGCAACCUUCUGAGGCUGAGGCAGGAUUUGAUCUUAGGUUGCCACCUACUGCUGAUCCUGAUCUUAUCAAGAAAAGAAUUGCUGAAGAAUGGGCACCUGCUAGAAGGAAUAUGACAUAUGAGCUAAUUGAAAAAGGACCGAUAAGAGAUUACCUGGACCGCCCUCUAAUGACACUCACAAAUGAUUCCAAUCCAUGGUGGCCUGUUUUCAAGCAAGCUAUUGAGGCGGCUGGAGGAAAACUUUCGAGGCCUGAAAUUUUAGCUUCAACAACUGAUGCACGGUUCAUGAGACAAAGAGGAAUUCCUACUCUUGGUUUUUCCCCAAUGACAAACACUCCCAUCCUGUUGCAUGAUCAUAACGAGUUCCUGAAAGAUACAGUGUACUUGAGGGGAAUUGAAGUGUAUGAAUCUGUGAUAAGUUCUCUGAGUUCCUUUAAAGGAGAAUCUUAUUAGAUGCUUUCAACCAGUCAAUAAUUGAUCACGGGUGCAGUGUGUCAUGGGUUGAAAUGCUUCACGUUAUCUGCUUCUGCAUCAAUUCAGAUCGAAGCAAAUCAGAUUCUGGAUAAGUCAAGUGCUUCACCGGUAUGUGAUUUACAAAAAGCUCCAUAGCCGUUCAUGGGAAAGACACUGAAUGACCUGUAUAUGUUUUGAAUAAGUGGGGAAACAUUUAAUAGAUUGUCAUGAAUAGUUGCAUAGCAGUAACUACACUUCGAAAAGACUGUAUUUUGCAAUGGAAUGAAGUACACUUUGGGAGAAUCAUAUUUAACUUUGGUAGAUAACAUUUUUCAUGGCAAAUCUUUUUGUCCUUUUAA